AUGCCGACCAACGAUCUGGCCAAAUCGGCUGAGAUCGAAAGUUCUGCACCGCAGCGCAGCAGCACAGGCAACCUCCACCAUGACGGUCAACACGAACCCGACCAGCCGACCACGCGAUCGUCCAGAAAGGCCUCGACGCACAUGGCGACGAAGGGAACGACGCCUCGAUUAUCCAAUCUGCCUAGCAAUGAGGACUCGAUGAACCACUUAGCCCCGCAAACAUCCCGGGGUAGUAGGCAGGACGGUCUGCUACAUAUACCAGCAGAGGGUGGCGCUUCUUCUGCUUCGAGGCGUCCAGCAGAUACCUCCACUACCACAUCUACCGUCUGGGACUGGGAUACUCCGUUGGAGAGUGUUGGCGAGUCAGCCUCUUACUACUACGAACCGCAAGGCGAACUUCUCGAGGAGCAGCAGCAGAGUCGGCCCCUGCGAAGCGAGUUCAGCAUCCCGCACGCAGUGUCGUCGGGCGCUUUACAAAGACAUCUGUCUUCUUCCUCAGCAAACUCGUUAGAUAAUUUCGCAGUUCCGAGACGUCCUCAAGGGGCUCCGCCGUCCGUAGCAGGGAACAAACGCAAAGCCACUUCGGACCGAGAAGAUAAUCGACCGGACCAGAAGCGCUUUUACGAAUUGAUGAUGGAGUCUGGAGAGGAAACGCCGUCUUCUGGUGAUAGCAGACCGGCGUACAACACGCGCUCGACAGCAGGCGCAGGGGAUGCAAAUCCAGGCUCUGCGCGGCCAGAAUUCGACCCUUCACGAACGCUGGAGGAUCCUAACAUCCCUAUGGUGCUGCCGCCGCGUAAAGUGUUUCCGAUCCAAAUAGGCGACAAGUUGUUCCGAUUAUCUGGGGCGUCGAUUUCUUCUGAUGUGCCUCGUCUGACGGCCCAGCUCUUCUCCUCGACCAUCUACAUCCGCAUCGGCGACGAGGAGUUCCAGAUCCCGCGCGACCUCUUCAGCAAUCCAGGCGACUCACCAAAUUACUUCUCCCUCGGCUUUGCAAUCUUCUUCACCACCCCGACAGAAGUCUUCCCCGGCCUGUCGCAGCGAACCUUACUACGACCUCCCUCCAUCCUACCCCCAAGUAUCCCAAACCGCUCAGCAAAGACCUUCGCCGACCUCCUUCAUAUCCUGAAAGGCUAUCCGGUCGAGAUCAGAAGCGAGGAACACCGCGCAGAGCUACUACGAGAUGCGCGAUACUUCCAUCUGAAAGGGCUGGAGCAACGUCUCAUCCCGCACUCCAUUUCCUACAACCUCGCCCGCAAACGCCAUGAGAUCGCUAUCCGGCUCGAAGAUGUCCGGCAAUCAGGUAUCUCGUACGUGGCAGACGGCGUAGCGCAAUCGUCUGGCGAUGCACCAUCGCCGGCGCCAACUCCGUCUACACCGCCGACCCAACCGGGCUGGAUAUACUAUCAGCGUCCAUACGUUGAUGGUGAAUCACACAGCUUGAUCCUUGAGAUCUCCGGCGACGAGUCGACGUUCCUGUCCGUUGCGCCUGCGCCCUCGUCGCCCGCGCCGGCUAGGCUUGGGAGGGCAAUGUUCCAGCGGCAAACUCUCGCGCGGGUCACGAGUCUGUUUUCAGUCAUCGCGAAUAAGAUGAACCUUCCCAUCACGCAGCCCCUGGGCCUCAUGAUGAUGGAGCGCGGCGCAGGGGUCGCAAGCCUUCCGGUUAGUCCAGGAAACACCGGCGUCAGCGAAGAAAGAGUGAAAGUGCGAAUCGGAGCAGACGCAGACGUAACAGUCGAUGGACGACCGUGGAAAGUCGGCGGAGAAGAGGAAGACGAUGAAGAUGAGAGCGGAAUGGACAUUGACCCGUCUGAGUCUGGCAGGUCGGGCAAAAAGCGAAAACGGAAUGAAGACGAUGAUGACGGAGAGGAGUGGGUGUUGAAGAAGGCGCUGUGGAGGCUGAGGGUGCAGCCGCUGAGCGGUGGUGCGCAGAUGGGGAGGAGCGGGAUGGAGGUAAUACUUGGCGCGGUUAAGAUUGAGGCGUAUAGUAAUGAGAGGGCGAGGAAUGCUGCGAGAGGGUUCCUGACUUGA